CCCGAAGAGAUCUCUCUCGAUCUGGCUAGCGAAAUCUUCCGGGACCCGUAGUUAUCUGCCGCAGUGAUUCUGGGACUUGUAGUUUUCAGUUGUGGCCAACUACUCUUUUUUUUGUUUUGUUUUGUUUUUUUCCCCCUUGUCUUUCACCCGAGUCACCUCAGGGGACCGGCAAGGCUUUUCCGAGGAGGAAAUUCUACCUUAGAAGAUCCCUCCUGCAGAUGCUCCUCACUGAGUGAAGCUCUCACCCUCCCAUCCACUGUGGGGAGAAAGCAGGAAGGAAAGCAGCCCUCGGAGUGUGGAGCAGCUCUUGGGACACCAUGAAGCAACUGCCCAUCUUGGAGCCUGGAGACAAGCCCAGGAAAGCAACAUGGUACACCUUGACUCCCCCUGGAGACAGCCCUUGUGCUCGAGUUGGCCACAGCUGCUCAUAUUUACCUCCUAUUGGUGACACUGGGAGAGGGAAGAUCUUCAUUGUUGGGGGAGCAAAUCCAAACCAAAGCUUCUCGGAUGUGCACACCAUGGAUCUAGGAACACACCGAUGGGACUUGGCCACCCAGGAGGGCCUCUUGCCUCGCUAUGAACAUGCCAGCUUUGUUCCCUCCUGCACACCUGGCAGCAUCUGGGUAUUUGGAGGAGCUGACCAGUCAGGAAACCGAAAUUGUCUACAAGUCCUGAAUUCAGAAACCAAGAUGUGGGCCAUGCCAGAAGUGACCAGCCCUCCGCCAUCCCCAAGAACGUUCCACACAUCAGCAGCAGCCAUUGGAAACCAGCUCUUCGUCUUCGGGGGUGGAGAGAGAGGUGCUCAGCCUGUGCAGGAUGAGAAGCUGCAUGUGUUUGAUGCAAACACACGGACCUGGUCACAGCCGGAGACACUUGGAAGUCCUCCAUCUUCCCGGCAUGGCCAUGUGAUGGUGGCAGCAGGGACGAAGCUCUUUAUCCAUGGAGGCCUGGCAGGGGACAGGUUCUUUGAUGAUCUCCACUGCAUUGACAUAAGUGACAUGAGGUGGCAGAAGCUCAGUCCCACGGGUGCUGUUCCAGCAGGCUGUGCUGCUCACUCAGCCGUGGCUGUGGGCAAACACAUGUAUAUCUUCGGAGGGAUGACUCCCACUGGAGCACUGGACACCAUGUACCGGUAUCACGUAGAAAAACAGCAUUGGACCUUACUUAAAUUUGACACUUUCCUACCUCCUGGACGAUUGGACCAUUCCAUGUGUGUCAUUCCAUGGCCAGUGACAUCUACUGCUGAGAAAGAAGACUCAGAAUCUGUCACUCAGAACUGUGAUGCAAAGGGAGAUUCUGUUAGCAAAGUGACCCAGAGGGGUGACUUAAAUGAGGAAUGUCACACUGACAUGUUGCUCUGUUUUGUGUUUGGUGGGAUGAAUACAGAAGGGGAGAUCUACGAUGAUUGUAUUGUGACUGUAGUUGACUAAUAAAAGUCACACUUGAUAUUUUCAUGUAAGUGAAACCUUAA